GCGGGGCCGCGCGCUCCGGACAGCUCGGUCGGCCACGGGGCGGGGCGGGGCGGGGCGGGGCACUUCGCUGAGCCGCCUUGCCUGCCUUGGUUUGUCCGGCUGCCGAGAGUAGACACAGGUCCCUGAAGGCGCACCGCUGCAAAGCAGACAAAAAGAAACUGAGGCGCUCAGAGUGUCGGCUGGAGGCAAGUUUGGUUGACUUUCCGUGCGUGGUAUUCAGAAUCAGCCGCUCCAGGAAGAGAGAUGUCGAAGCCGCCACCCAAACCAGUCAAACCAGGGCAAGUUAAAGUGUUCAGAGCUCUUUAUACGUUUGAACCCAGAACUCCAGAUGAAUUGUACUUUGAAGAAGGUGAUAUUAUCUACAUUACUGACAUGAGUGAUACCAAUUGGUGGAAAGGUACCUCCAAAGGCAGGACUGGGCUGAUCCCAAGCAACUAUGUGGCAGAGCAGGCAGAAUCCAUUGACAACCCAUUGCAUGAAGCUGCAAAAAGAGGCAACUUGAGCUGGUUGAGAGAGUGUUUGGACAACCGAGUGGGUGUUAACGGUUUGGACAAAGCUGGAAGCACUGCCCUCUACUGGGCUUGUCACGGGGGUCACAAAGAUAUAGUGGAAAUGCUGUUUACUCAACCAAACAUUGAACUGAACCAACAGAACAAGCUGGGAGACACAGCUUUGCAUGCCGCUGCCUGGAAGGGUUAUGCAGAUAUUGUACAGUUGCUUCUGGCAAAAGGUGCUAGAACAGACUUAAGAAACAAUGAGAAGAAGCUGGCCCUGGACAUGGCUACUAAUGCUGCCUGUGCAUCUCUCCUGAAAAAGAAACAGGGAACAGUUAUCUUUCUGCCCAGUGACCUUGCCUUCAGAUGCAGUCCGAUCAUUAAGCAAUGCCGAGGACUAUCUUGAUGAUGAAGACUCAGAUUAAUUCCCUUCCGGAGCUUUGAGAUCUAAAACUGUUGCUUUUGCCAUUUCAAAACCUUGUCUUUGUCAGAAGAGUGUUGGUAACUGUAAAAAAAAAAAAAGAAAAGUCUAUAUGAACGUGGCAGUAUUGCACUGUGUUUGAGUAAAACUUGUAAGUGACUAGGUCUAACCUUCAGUUUGCCAAUAAGUGACUGGAUAUUUUGCUGUAUAAAGUACAUAUUUGCUCACCAGAGUAGAACAAGAAGAGAUUAUUUCUAUUUAUCAAGCUUAACAGAAUUAAAAAAAAUUUUUCUUUAAAAAAGUCAGGUUUUUUUUUUUUUUAAAGUUCUUUACCUCAAGGAUUGAGAUAUUUUGAAUGGAUUUUUCAAGGGAGGGAUGCUUAUUAUAAUAAUAAACCAAAAGAUUUAACAGAAAAUUGUCAGCUAUUCUGACAAAAAUAAA